CCAACAGGGCAACCGCGUCAACGCCGUCCGCGUACGGAACACUAUCAGAGAGUACGGUUGUUAUCGAAUGGCUAUUCGAUAUCAAGGAAACAACGACUUGCGUAAUGACCGGUUCAGCAUAUUACACAGAGGUGGAUUUUUGUUACAACAAUACGUGUGUGAUCUUUAUGUUCGAAUGGAAUCAAACAAUCUAAAUUACAUUCGUCAGAAUCAGGGUACGCUCCUUGCAGACGCAUAUCAAGGCCUUGUGGACUACGUCAAUCAACAGCUACACGUGGAUGCACCUGACCCCUUGGCCGUCGGCCGUAGGGUCAUUUUACCGUCAACGUUCGUUGGAAGUCCGCGUUACAUGAAACAGUGUUACCACGACGCUAUGGCCGUUGUGAGAAAAUACGGUAAGCCUGACCUGUUCAUUACUUUUACAUGCAAUCCUAGAUGGCCAGAGAUCAGGGAUAACCUAGGGACGCACACUUCGGCUAAUGACAGGCCUGACAUGGUGGCCCGGGUGUUCCACGCUAAACUUAAGGACCUCAUGCGUGACAUAACGGUUAAUAGGAUUUUUGGAAAUGUAAAUGCUUAUAUAUACACUGUUGAAUUUCAGAAACGCGGUCUACCUCACGCACACAUACUGAUCAUCCUUAGGGACGACAGUAAGUUGCUUGACGCCGAGGACGUCGACAACGUUGUGAGUGCCUCCUUACCAGACCCGACGAUUAAUCGGCGUCUGCAUGACUGCGUUGUGUCUCACAUGAUUCACGGACCUUGUGGACCAAUAAACCUCAACAGUCCAUGUAUGGUGGAUAACAGUUGUUCAAAAAAGUAUCCAAAACCAUACAGUGAUGAGACAGUGUUCGUCUCAGAUGGUGGCUAUCCCAUGUACCGUCGUCCAAACGAUGGUCGGGUGAUCCUUGUCAGACAACGAGAGGUUGGUAAUGAGUUUGUCGUUCCACACAAUCCGUAUCUGCUUGCCAAAUAUGACGCACACAUCAAUGUUGAGGUGUGCUCUACCAUUAAGAGCGUUAAGUACCUUUAUAAAUAUGUCUUUAAGGGUCACGACGCUGCUACAUUGGCUAUACAAGAAGGCGAUGAGUUGUUAAGGUAAGCACAUUCAAUAAUUUCUUCUUUUCACACGCAGAGUCUUAAUAGCAUUAUUGUUUGCGUUAAUAAACAUAAUAAUUAUACUAUAAAUUAAUAAUUACAUAAACUAUACCCACUUGACAGUGUACAUAAUACAUGAUCAUAACCUUUGCAUUUAGAUUUUUUUUUAACCGUCAAACCAUUUUUAAAUCAUACUGUGAAUUGAUUAUAUACGAUUCCAAUAUUUAACCUUUAUUAUGUGUUUACACUUAGCCUUUUAACUACAUAAUAAUAUUUUCUGCAUUUCUUUCAAUUGCACAUCACGCAUUUUUAUGUUCUCGCAGUAGGUGUAGAUAAAUACAUUCAUUGACUUCUUUCACAUGACAUACAAACAAUUUUACAGACUUGAUUAAUGUACAUAUUAUAGUAGUAGGUAUGUAUGUUUAAACUCAGCAAACUAUUUCAUUUUUACUCUUAAACUGUGGUGCCAUUCAAAUCCAUUUUAAUAUGAAUAGUUAUAGUUUAUAAUUUUUGCACGAUUAUUUUUAACUCAUUAUUAUUGUUUUAAUUUCAUAUUGGUGUAGAGUUACACACACAGUUAGUGGCAAACAUUUGUUUUAAAUAUACAAACUGAAUUAAAAUUGAUAUGUGACUAUGAAAUUAACAAAUCAUAUGCAUUAAACGAGUAUGCCUCAUUUACUUAUGACAAUAAGUCAUUUAACACAUGACAUUGUUACUAUUUCAAUGUGGAUAAGUAGGUAUAGAUUUUAUUUCAAACUAUAACUGUCAUCCAUUUCACGUUAAACCCAUACCGAUGCAGUGUUUCACGCAGACAACAAAUUGAUGUAAUAAAAAAUAAAUAACUGCAAUACAUGCAUAUUUUGAUAACAUUUCAACAGUCUUUAUCAUGUUGACCUAUAUAGAAUUUUUUUUUAAACAUACACUACACUGUAUAAUUCUACUCAUUUUAAUUUAUACUUUCUUUGUGCAGUUGACGUACACUUACUUCAAGCCUGGGUAUAAUUAAUAAUUUUAACUAAUGUUCAUUGUCGUUUAUUUCAUUCAUGCGGUCAGUACCUAUCAAUGAGUGACACAGUUCUCUAUUAAGACUUUGUUAUUUUGUUACGUUUUCAUUGUAUUACAUUGAGUUCAUUUUGGUUUCAGUUACGUCAACUCGCGAUACGUCAGUCCGCCUGAAGGCAUUUGGCGGAUGUUUUCUUAUGAAAUGCAUAAGAGAAGUCACACUAUUGUAAGACUUCCAGUCCACCUGGAAGAUCUUCAUACUGUGUACUUUGCUCCUGGACGUGCUGAAGAACGGUUACACAACGCUAACCAGCGCCGUACAAAACUAACGGAGUUCUUUGCGCUCAACACAAACGACGUGGGAGCAAGACAGUACCUGUACCACGAGAUACCGGUACAUUAUACUUGGAACCAAGCAA